AUGGCCGAUCCUCAACGACCUGUGCCGCAUCCCAACUCCAAACGACGACAAAAUCUGCAACGAUGGUUAGCAAUGGAGAUGAGGAGGGGAGAUCGAGGAACGUCAGCGACCACCUCUUCCAACCCGCAAACGCCCAGCGACCAGCAUCAAGGCCUUGACUCUAGCCAACAGUCAUCGUACUUCAAAUGGAUGGGGAGGACAAACGAAGAAGUGGUCAAACAGAUGGGGCAGAAAGCUAAACGGGGUGAGUGUCUUGUUCGAGGAGUGUAUAGCGGGACUGACUUGUGUGCGGCGACAUUGUGGAACCAGAUGCAAUGGAGGAGGAGAAGAGCAACGAGCGGGGGGUAUGAGACGCCCGUAUUCGACGCAAAGUCAACCAACACGUGCUGGCUGACUUUGCGCUGA